CAACUCAUUAUGCUUGGGGUUCGAGGGUUCGAGGGUUGGGUGUCGGCUUUAUUCACGAGCCAAGACAAGGCGGGCUCUGACGUUGAACUCAAAGCGCGGCCGGACACACACCAGAUGGAGUUACGCCAGGAAGAACCCAUGACAAAACUGCGCUCUUUUUCGCCUUGAACAGGAAUUGUGGCCCUUGCGCCUUGCCUUGUUGACGGCGCCGCCGGGGCGGAAGCGAACUGGAGUCGAUGGAGGACCCCAGGGUUGAGGCGCGGACUAUUCCCGGCCUGACACGUAGAACUGGCGGUGUCCUUAGCUCUGAUUGAGUGUGUCAAUUUGGGUCCCGUUGUGCGAACCUGAUGUAAUUAAGUUGGGGGAAAAAAAAAAGCUGAUCCCGUUGACGAGGCGCUGUCUUGUCGUGUGCCAUGUGUUGUGAUUCUGAGAUUUCAACGGUCGCAUUGCGCCAGCGUUCGAACUUCAGCCGACUUUAAGGACCGCUCUCCCAUAUUAUCUUGUGAACAGCAACUAAUUACUUUUCUUGUGUCACGGUCAGAUUUGCAGAUCCCAAAGGUAGCCGGAUUGCGGAAAAUAAGCAAUAAGUUCAAGUCGACCGUGAAAUUUUCCCUUUCAGGUUUGAGCAUCGCCUGUCGCUGUUCUUUCGCCGAGAAAACCUUCAACAAGAUAUCCUCCGAGUCCGCGCGGUCAAUGGAUUCGUUUCUGUUAGGUUCUCAUGUCAAUUGAAGUUGCGAAUCCGAACAUGCCUCAACUCGCUUCAUUUUGACCCGCUCAACCCCGAUAUGCGCCCAACGCUUCCCUCCAACCCUGCCCGAAUCUGUCGGAUAUUUCACCCAAGAUCACCUUCCUUCGCACGCAAUUGCGAACAAUGAACUACGAAUUUCUCAGGAAUUAUACCCACCGUUCCAUCCCUCUCUCUAGCUACUCUUCGGCUCUAUUUGCUCUUAGUGGGAGCCGUUCGUUGCUAUCAUCUGGUGAAUCGAACCAAUGCCUUACCGUAAUUGAAUAAAUCCCGGUACUAAGGUAUGCCGUUGGGCUGGUACUAUAACAAGAGAGUAUAGCUAACAUGUCGAAGCAAGUAGUUAUCGUUGUUACCUACUUUGCAGGGUUCUUAUGUAUACUACUCUCAUAUUACAUUUCGCGACCUCCGAUACAUACCGUGCUUCGACUGGGCACCAUCGAUUGAACGCUUUGUCUACUUCGAAAUUUGAGGAAUAUUGUACUAUAUACGUCUUUAAUACGCUUCGCCAGAAUUCUUUUUAUACUUGACUUGAGGCUGCGGAGGCGUUUUACAUAGAUCGGCAAGCUCUAAACAGCAUACGCCUGUCGAACGAUCUUACUUUUUUGUCAGAUGAGAAAGUUCCACUGGCCUUCCUUAAUACUAUUUCUUUUUCCCGGAUCGUCUCACAGCACUAUCGAUAGGUUUCCAGGACCUUGAACGGCCUCAAUCUAGCUUCUGACGACGUUUCAACCGAGCCUUUCGCGGCCAAGAUCAACUCAUAUCCUCCCACCCAGAAUUCGCAAUUACAAUUACACCAAAAAUAGCAUUGUUGCGAUAUUUUCAACCCGAAAUUAUUAUAAGCGCCGGGGCUUGACUGAUCACCGCAUUGAAGGUAAGGCAUUUAUUCAGUUUAUACCUAAUUUGGGGAUUUAGCCGCCGGGGAGUCUAUCAUCCCAGCAAACAUUCCCAAAUCUAUCCAUGAUGCCCAGUGACGAGAUACGGAUUCUAUAUUAAGCCCCCAGUUGAACUUGUUUAUAUUUGGCUUUGUUUCUCUCGUUUGCCCCUUUUCUCCGCCCACCUUUUGUAACCUUUUUUUUUGAGCCACCCAAUUGACCAUGGAUGCCCCUUCGAUCGAGAAUCUUAUACACAAUCCUAACCAUAUGCCGGAGCUAAUACAUCUUUCCUAUCAGUGGCAAGAUUCAGCAGAGCCUCCUGCAUUCGCUACAUGGAUGGCCUCCUCAGAGGUGGACCAAAAGUUUUUGGGCCACUUUGCAACAGCGACGAGCCACACGAAUCCUUUUCUCUCUGGAAUGCUUUAUAAGAUUCUCGGCCUUUCAGUGGUUCUAUCGAAGAAGCUUCUUCGAGCCCGCAAGUUACGUCGACUAGAUCCAACCCGAGAAACUAAGUCGCUACACCUUUACCACCAUAUCUUAUGGCUUUCGCGCGAGGGAUUGAUCAUGGUGGAACAAUAUAUCCUUCCGAUGGUUACUGAUUAUGUCGACUUGAAAGUCCUAUCAUACAAGCUCCAAGCCUCUUUCUACCACAUUUUUGUCCUUUUUCACAACCAACCGAGGAUCCACAAUUCUGGAAUUCACACCUUUUCUUCCUCAACCUCACAUAUUGAUCUUACGAAUGGUUCCCGAAACGGUCGAUCGGAAGUUGAUCCAGCAGGUCAGCGAGAUUCCAUUGUGCCUUCGCCUCCACCAGCCAUGGGUGGACCUGUAGGGGGUGGUAACCGCGCGCAAUCUCGGCCACCAGGGCUUGUAAUACAGCCCGAAACCCCUAAGAGCGCUGCAUCAUUUAUUCUCCCAGCACUCGAUUACACUCCGCGUGCCACAGCAUGCUUUACUUACGCAGCUCUGCUCGCCGACCAACUCCUUCCAGGCUCUCACCCCAUUAGACUCUCCGUCAAACUCGAAUAUGCGGCAUAUUUGUACGAUUGUCUUAAUGACGCAGCCGCCUGUAGGCGACUUGCCAAGCAGGCUAUCGCAGAUGUAUACAAUGCCCAAGAAGGAAUGGACGACGAAAGUUUCGAAGAUGCAGCUGAGUUGGUCGGUAUUCUAGGCAAAAUGGUGAAGAGAGGAGGGAAAACGAGCAGUGGAGGUACAAGUAGUGUGGCUGGGGGUGAUAAGUCCUGGAGCGAUGGAACUCAAAGCACCCCGACUCGUGUCGGCGCAAGUGGAGAGAACACACCGCAAUUAUGGCAAAAGAGAACACCUACUAGCUUAUCAGGCGUCUCGCCGAUUGUGAAUGACCCAAUAAUGGGUCAGCCGAUUUGA